CUAUAGCAGCUGAUACCAGACAUACGUACCAAAACCAACAUACAUACCGACACUGAUAUCUUUACUCAGAAGUCGUAAAUCCGACCUUGAGGACGGCCCCCUUUCUGGAACACCUAAUUGACCACAAUGACGACCCCGCGAUAUCAAACCACCGAGCUGCGGCGCCAGGUUGGCUCGCCAAGGCCCAGGCCUCGAGAAAACGUCCCUAGAGACACGCUCUGCAGAAACAUUUUAAUUUACGGCCACUGCCGCUAUGAAGACCAAGGCUGUAUUUUUAUGCAUGAUCAGACCAGGGGGAAUUCUUCCCAGGCGGGCUCUUCCCAGGCGGGCUCUUCCCAGGCGGGCUCAUCCCAGGCGAGCUCAUCCCAACAGGACAACGGCAGGUAAGUGUCCAAGUCUAUACUCUCCUUUUUGUCUUUCGACCAAACAAGACGCCCUGGCUAACCGAUGAUGCCCUCUACUUGCAGCACCAAGAAGACUCUAAAUGUCGAGUCACCGUCCUUUACACCCUCGACCCUGCAGCCCGUACAGAGGAAGCCGACAUUUUCAUCGCAAGCGGUGACUGCACCUUCUUUCACUCCGCGUGGUCUUGGAG